UAUAAGAUGUCAAAAUAGUUCUGUUUUGUCAGGUCUUGUAUUAUAUUGUCUUUUGUUGUUGCUUAAAUUAGUUAUUUAUUUUACAAAUUAAAAUUUAAAGUAUCUAAAUGAAAUAGUUUGUGAUCAAAGUUAUGUCCUCUAUUUAUUUAGGAGUAUUGAAAUUGUGUCGUGCAGGGGUAAAUUACAGUACUCUUCGCCGUAGAAUUCGGUCACAGAUAGACAUGGCGUUGAAAAGUCGAGAAAAUCCUGUAGUAACCAAGUUAAAUUCAUCCGAGUUUAACAGCAUAUUUACUGAAGAAGUUUUGGAUUUAAAGAAACUAUUUGACAAAUAUCAGUAUGAAAUAAGAGUGGCUGGAGGAGCUGUGAGAGAUUUAUUAAUGGGCCAGAAGCCAACUGAUCUUGAUUUUGCAACAACAGCUACUCCACAACAAAUGAAGGAAAUGUUUACAAUCGAAAAUGUAAGAAUGAUUAAUAUGAAUGGUGAAAAGCAUGGUACCAUUACACCAAGAAUCAACGACAAAGAAAAUUUUGAGGUUACCACAUUAAGAAUUGAUAUGGUGACAGAUGGCCGACAUGCAGAAGUAGAGUUUACCACUGAUUGGAAACUAGAUGCUAAUAGAAGAGAUCUCACAAUUAACUCCAUGUUUUUAGGUUUUGAUGGUUCUGUUUAUGAUUACUUUUUUGGAUAUGAAGACUUACAAAAGAGAAGGGUGGCUUUUGUUGGAGAUCCUGAUGUUAGAAUAAAGGAAGAUUAUCUGAGGAUAAUGCGAUAUUUUCGUUUCUAUGGAAAAAUAGCAGAAUCUCCAGAUAAACAUGAAGAGAAAACAUUGCAAGUACUUUCCAAUAAUGUCGAAGGCUUGCAAUGUAUAUCGGGGGAAAGAAUUUGGGUUGAGCUAAAGAAAACAUUGCAAGGAAAAUUUGCUGGAGACUUAUUAAAAACGAUGAUUGGAGUUGGUGUUGCAAAAUAUAUAGGUUUGCCAGAAAAUCCAAAUUUAGAAGAACUAGACAAGGUUCUGAAAAGAGCAGAACAUAUGAAAUUACAUCCAAUGAGCUACGUAGCUGCUUUGUUGCGGAAUGUAGAUGAGGUGACAGUACUUCACAGCCGACUUAAGUUCUCAAGUUAUGACAGGGAUUUGACUUAUUUUUUGGUGGUACACAGGGAAGAUAAAGUAUCAACAAGGCCACUAUUACCUUAUGAAAAAUUGGUGUUAAAUUCGAAAAUUAAGCAGAAAGACUCUUAUGAGUAUGUACGGGAAGUGUUAAAAUAUAGAGGAGAGGAAUCACUUUUGGAGCAAUUUAAUAAAUGGGAGAUACCUCGUUUUCCAAUCAAUGGUAAAAUCCUCAAGGUAAAUAAUGUGGCACCUGGAAAGAAUUACAGCACUAUUCUUAGCAGGCUUAAGGAUAUUUGGAUAGAGAAUGAAUAUAAGCAAUCAGUAGAAGACUUGGUUAAAUUUAUUCCUGAUAUUAUAAAAGAGUAUGAUAAAAAAAAGUAAACUAAUAAAAAUUU